CUAUACACCGUCUGAAAAUAUUCGCAAGGACGAGUGUGUCUCGCAUUCAAAAAAAUGAAAUGGAAAGAAUUAUAAAAAAGAAAGAUUUCUAAGAAUUGUAAAAAGGAAUCUUGCUUUUGUCUCCCAAAAAAAAAAAUCUUCCUAACAAUAGCAUAAAUGACAUCACAAGACUUGACAUGCACGAUUAAUUACAACCUCCAUACCUGAUGACGUGUCACGUUGACCCGUUCUCUUCUUUCUUUUCAUUCUCAGCAUUCCAACAAACUGCUCUCCCAUUGGCUAGGCUAUUACUGAGUCCCCAUAACUCGUUCCCUCCAACUCACUUUGUAUCUCUGUUUUGAUUUCGUACUCUUUUUCUCUCUUGUUGAAUGGUUUCUGCUGUAUCCUCUUUUCGAAUUCACAGUUUCUCCAAAAUUCCGCUGUCUAAAGUUGAGUUUCCAAAUGACUGAUAAUUUCUUCUGUUUCUUUUUUUCCUUUCAAGGUUGACUUCAUGUAAGUCUCUCUUCAAAAAUCUCAGCUUUAUUAAAAUAAAUAAACAAGUGCUUUUUUUUUUUUCUUUUUUCUCCCUCUUUUGUCUAUCACAGUUGUAUUUCCAUUAGUCUCAUAUCUAAGCUAGAAGUUUUACUGGGUCAUAUUCGUAUUUGAUUUUUCUUCUUCUUUCUUUGUCUAAGCUUUUGUACAUUUACAUAGAAAUUCAAAGAAAGAGAGAGAAGAGUCAAGGGGUUUAGGUAGAAAAUUGGGUUUUUUAUUUAUUAUCAAAAAGACCAUAAAAUUUCCAUUUUGAAGGGCCUUUCCUGGAAGAAUCCUUUAAUGAGUAUCAAUUAAGUUGUUCGAAUUUUGGUUAGAAUUCUUUUUUUUUUUUUUGUUUUAAUUUGAGAUGUUAGGUCAAGAAGAAAAAGACCGGGAUGCCGGGUCUGCUGCUGCUGCUGGCCGGAAGCCAUAUAUACGGUCAGUAUCUUGGACUGACCGUUCACCAACUGAGCCUAAUCCCAAACCGCCGCAAAACACAAAGGGGAGGUCUUGUUUGCCUCCCCUUUCUAUAACAAGAAGGCCUGUGGAAGAGUGGCCAAAAGCUGGUUCUGAUGAUCUUGGUGUUUGGCCUAAUCCCCAGACGCCUAGAUGCUCUGUUAAGCCCCUUGAGAGUCCGGGUUCCAAUAGGGAGUUUCAGUUGAGGAGAGAUAAGCUAGCUUUCUACGAUAAGGAGUGUUCCAGGAUUGCUGAUCAUAUUUAUUUAGGGAGUGAAGCUGUGGCUAAGAAUAGGGAAAUUUUGAGAAAAAAUGGGAUUACUCAUGUAUUGAACUGCGUUGGUUUUGUCUGUCCUGAGUAUUUCAAGAAUGAUCUUGUUUACAAGACACUUUGGUUACAAGAUAGCCCCUCUGAGGAUAUUACUAGUAUCCUGUAUGAUGUGUUUGAUUACUUUGAAGAUGUUAGAGAACAAGGCGGGAGGGUUCUGGUGCACUGCUGCCAGGGAGUGUCAAGAUCAACUUCCCUGGUUAUUGCCUAUCUCAUGUGGAGGGAAGGCCAGAGCUUUGAGGAUGCGUUUCAGUAUGUGAAGGCAGCUCGAGGGGUGACUAAUCCAAAUACAGGAUUUGCGUUCCAACUUCUGCAGUGCCAAAAGAGGGUGCAUGCUGUGCCUGCGAGCCCGAAUUCUGUGCUUAGGGUGUAUAGAAUGGCUCCGCACUCCUCGUAUGAUCCUCUUCAUCUUGUACCAAAAAUGUUAAAUCAUCCAGGAAAAAAAGGACUUGACUCACGUGGGGCGUUCAUUGUGCAUGUACCUUCUGCUAUGUAUGUUUGGAUUGGAAAGAAAUGCAACUAUGUAAUGUCAAAUAGUGCUGGAUUGGCUGCCAAUCAGGUUAUUCGAUAUGAACGGGCGCAGGGUCCUAUUUUAACCGUGAGGGAAGGGGAAGAGCCUUUGGAAUUCUGGAAUGCCCUUGCUAUUGGACAGCUCUCAGCAGAUAGUUGUGACAGAGCAGAGGUCAGGAAGGUAGAUAGUUUGGCUUCUGAGAAUGAUGAGAUGGCUGCAGCAACCAAAAAUUGUGUCGAUGAAAGGAAGGUAGAUGAUUAUGAUUUGGAUUUUGAACUUUUUCAUAAGGCACUUGCUGGUGGAGUUGUUCCGCCUUUUUCAGUGUCAACUUCUCAAUCAGAAACUUGCCUUCCUGCCAGAGAAAAUGGAUGGGGUAGACUAAGGCAGAAGUUUGCUAAUGGAAUUAUGAAGGAAUUUGUGAAUUCAUCCAAACUGGGUUGUAACUUGACUCCAGUCAGUGAUAGAUCGGAUAUGGUUAUAGACAUUCAUAGAGAUUCAGAAGAUAAUAUUUCACUCUCUACACCAUCAUCGCCAUCAAUCUUUCCAUGUGGUUCACCAGACUCCUUUGACUGUUUCCCAGAUGGUAGCCCAAUUCAGAGUAAAGAUCCUUGUGAAGAAGUAGAACUGUCAGUUACUUCUUUGGAUUCUCCAUUGGCACCAAGGUCUCCUUGUGGUUCACCAAAUUCUUUUUCUUGUUUUGCGGCUAGCAGCCCAAAAUUCAGUUCCAAGUCUCCUACAAUUUCACCUUCAACAUCUGACUAUGCUAGUUCAUUUACCUUUUCACCCUCAUCCUCUAAUUGGUCGGACUUGUCAUAUUGGUCUUCUCGGCAGCCUUCACCUUCUGGCCUCGAAGCUACUGAACUGUUUUCAAUCAAGAAUGUCUCCUCGCCAGAUAAUUCUUCUUUAACAUAUAAAGAAAGUUUCCCUUCACCAACAAAGACAUUUUCUUCUGAUCUUACUUUGAAGGUGGCAAAUACUUGUUUGCCUUGUAAAGGUACUUCUCUGUCAAUUGCAGAGCGCAGGGGGAGUCAUCCUCCACCGCUCAUGCUGUUACCAUCAGUUGAUGAACCAGUUCCCAGGAAUCUUGUAAGGUCUUGGUCCUUUUCUUUGCCCGACGUAGAUAAUCAUGUAAUGAAUGACGUAGAUUGUAACCAAGAUGAGCCCGAAGACAAUAGAGAAGAGAUAAUGUUAGAUGCUGAAGCUGUUGGUGCUAGUAUUGAGUCACAUAGCGGGGCUGAAAGUAAAGGGGAAUAUGGUGAAUAUCAUCCUCAAUUCGGUGGUAUCUUUGAGAAGGGUUCAGGAGUAACCACCUCAGCUCUGUACCAGUGGCCUACAUUCAAUAAAGUGGAGAUGCAUGGAUCUCACAUCCUUGAGUCUGGAGCAGCAUAUAUGUUAUUGGCUCCAGAUGCAAGCGAUCAUUCUUGUGUUUUAUAUGUCUGGCUUGGGCGUGAAGUUCUUUGUGAAAAAGGGCAGAGCCAAUUUGUAAGCUCUGAUGGCACAGACAAGGAUAGCCAUCUUUACUGGGAAUCUAUUGGCCGUGACUUUCUUAAUAAUAUGGAUUUGCCCCUAAAUGCCUCUAUACAGAUAGUUUCAGAAGGCAAGGAGCCGGAGCAGUUCCUGAACCUUUUCAACUGUUUAAUCGUUCCAGAAGGCUGAACAGUGGAACCAUGAUUGAGAGGGGCUUAACCAUGAUGUGGGAUUUUUAGCACCCUCAUUGAGUGUAAGAAUGGAUCAAUUGCAGCUCAGUAAAAGGUUAGUUGGCAUCCCAAGCAGUUUGCAAGUGAUUUCUAUCCGCUUGUGUGAUGUAUUAUUGACAAAAUCUGAGGCACUGUUUAACAAAAAAUGUACAGAAAUUAAGAUCUGCUGUACACUUAUAGGAAUUCAAGUAAAUACUACUCAGUUGCAAUAAGUGGUUUUGAAAUCAUCUCUUUCUCUGUUCAGUUAUCCGUUGGCGACAUCCAGCACUGAAGGUGUUGCUUUUUGGGUUGAAAAUAAAUCCAAGUCCUUGUUAUUGUUAAAAGCGUCUACUCAUUUUAUAAAUCAGUUAUUUCUAUUUCUCCUUUGUGGUUAUCACGAAUCUAACGGAAAAUCAGGGUCUCUAUUGUUUGGUUUUUAAACAUGAAACUAUGAAUUGAGGUGUAAUUUAGAACUAAAGUUCAAUAGAUCUAUCAAUUUCAGUUAAAGUUAAUCUGGAUGAGGGGUCAAAUUAGGUAGUGAUGAAAUUAAUUAUUUUGAAGGUGACAGUAAAAUUAAUUAUUGUAACGAAUGCUGUACCGAUCAGAUUUCAUGAAUGUGCUAAAUGCAGGUAAAAUUGAACAUGACAGUCAUUGUCCCAUCAAAAGCAGUUAGAAACAUGUGUACACAAUGAAAAGCAAAAGCCAAAACAAAAUAACCUUGCCCUCAUCUUUCAAAGGUUCAAAAACAUUGCCGAACUACACUUAAACGGGGAGAGGGGUGACUGUUCCUCAGAUCCCAUUUUGUACUCUUAAGAAAACCAUCACUCAAAGAAAAGUACAUUGAAUAGGGGAUCGUAGAGGAGUCAUUGACAUCGAUGGUACCAAUACACGGAUGUGAAUGAACAAAACCAUCUAAUCAAUCACCAUGGUUAACAAUCUUAUCGUUCAUCUCUUGAUCCAAUGAUACAACAGGUGAUCAUGGUCAAUAAAAAAUGUCUAUGAUAAUUAUUUCAAUGCACAUA